AGUUGCGUUGGGCUGACGCCACACCAUGUCACGCCAUUAUCCAUUCCGUUCCCUCGGCACGCCCCUCCCGCACCCGCUCUCAGCGCCACCACAGAGAGAUCGCACACUCAACUCUCAAGCACUUUUGCACCACCAUGUCCCCUAUCAUCUACCUGGCGGUCACUGUGGUCGUCCUCGUUGUCACCUGCCCCGUCAACUCGAACGGAUUCUCCUGCCCCAAGGUCCCCACCAACGAUACGGUUGACCUGGAGGCCUACAUGGGAACGUGGUACCAGAUCGCGACCAAUGCUGCGUUCCAGAAGAAGUUUGAAAAGGGCCUUGUGUGCGAGACGGCCGAGUACACACUCGAGCCGUCCGGCACUGUCAAGGUCAACAACUCGGGCCGCAUCGACUCGGUUUCUGGCCCGCUCAAGUCGGCCAUCGGCAAGGCUGUUCAGGUCUCCGGCGGCAAGCUCAAGGUCUCGUUCUUCCUCGACAUCUUCGGCCCGUACUGGAUCACCCAGCUCUACGGCGACGCUGCAUCUGGCUACUCGGUUGCAGUCAUCUGGUCGUGCGAGGAGAAGUUUGGCAUUGGCGAGCGCGACCUGUGGAUCCUCUCCCGCACGCCGCAGCUCCCUGCCGAUCUCCAGCCGGCGCACCUCUACGACGUCGCCCGCGGCAUGGGCAUCGACGUCGAAAGCCUCGACAUGGUCCCCACCCUCCAGGCCGGGUGCUGGUGAG